AAGGAAGUUACGCUACCAUUCAAAUUCAAAACAUUCAAGUUUCUCCAUCAAAAUUGUGUAGUGCACAUUAUUAAUUCAAAAUUCCAAAAAUGUCGGUGGUUGAGGUAGAAGAUUUCUCCGCAGAGUUUCUUCGUCUCUUCAGAGAGACCGAUGACACUGAACAAGAGAUAAUGCAGCAACAGCCACGAGGUAGAUUGUCCCGAAUAUUUCGGGCGAUCUGCCCGUGCUGCUGUUCAUUAAGAAGAAAUGACCCCGAAGAAAACUCUGCGGAGGAUCUCGUAUCAAAGGCAAUCCUCAUCUAGAUUUCUUAAUCACGUGCAGGUGUGGCUGAGGAGACACCUGGCUCCAACACCACCUCCACUCCGAACCCCAUGGGUACCACCACUACAAACUUGUGGUAGACUCCCCUGUGUUGUGGACUCAGAUGUCUCCUUUGAGACCUACGAAGACACUACAGAAGUACAAGUAAAACAGCAAAAGCCACAGCCACGACCCUGCGGGAUGAUAUUCCCAGACGAAUCCCAACGAGUACUGAUUCAUAUAUUUAGUCAGGACUCCAUUCACAGAAGAGCAAACAAUGAGCCUACACAACAAGAAACCGGUCUCCAAAUUAUUUAA